GUCACAUUGAACAUAAAACUGAACCGACGUCAACGAGUUUGCAGUUGUCAACAUAAAUUGUCCUUUUCGUUUAUAUUUACCGGAAUAUUGUAAAUUUAUUGAAAAUGGAAGCCCUGUUCGCCUUGCCGUUUACAGUUCUGGAAAUACCGAAUAUUAAAAUAAAAAAACCCUCAUGGCUGCAGGCGCCGUCGGCUAUGACCACUUUUUCUUUGGUGUUACUUUCUUACUUUUUGGUAACUGGAGGCAUUAUCUAUGAUGUUAUAGUCGAACCACCAAGUGUGGGCUCCACCACAGAUGAACAUGGACACAGCAGACCAGUUGCUUUCAUGCCAAAUCGUGUAAACGGCCAAUAUAUAAUGGAGGGUCUAGCUUCGAGCUUCCUCUUCUCUCUCGGUGGGCUGGGUUUCAUCAUACUUGAUCGUACCCACAACCCCUCAACGCCAAAAUUGAACCGAAUUCUACUCAUAUCCGUCGCUUUCCUGUGCAUACUCGUGUCCUUUUUCACAACAUGGAUAUUCAUGAGAAUGAAGCUGCCAGGAUAUUUACAAAAUUAAUAUAUUAGUAUGUAAGCCAAUUUUUUUGCAAAUUUUUCCUCUAUCUUUAAUAAAUAUUUUUUAUAUUGGUCACAA